UUCAAGUUUGUUUUCUAGAAAAUAACUGAGGAUGGAAGGCUCCGCCGGACCGGCGAGCGGAAGCCUAGCGGCGGCGGCGGCGGCGGCGGCGGCGGCGCGAGGUUCGGAUCGGGCGGUUGCGGGGGCCUCCAAAUACCUCCCCAACCUCCCCUCUCGCGGCCUUUUCUCCGCCGAUUUCUCUUCGAACAUGGGUGGCAUGCGUGUAUACGUCUGCGAUCACGAUACAUCGCCUCCAGAGGACCAAGUUAUUAAGACAAAUACAACAAACAUAUUGAUUAGAGCUCUCCAACUCAGCAAACAAAGGAGUGAAUUAAAGGAUAUAAAUGCUAAAGCUCCAGCAGAGAGCAGCAAGGGGAAGAGGUAUGGAUUUCUAUUUGAUUUACUGGUGUUGUUUACCAAAUUUUAUUGAAUUGGUCUCUAAUUU